CAGGUUCGUUCUGUGAGUGACUAUGUACAUAAUACAUGCAAUCAUUGUGGUUUUACAAAAAGUUGGAAUAUUGAGAGAAGUGCCAUGCAGUAAUUAAGAGGAAAAUAUAGACUUUAUCUUAUAUGGUGCAUAUUACGAGUCGUUUGUUUUAUUGUGUUUUUCGAACAAAAUAUACUACGCUUAAACUGUAGAUGAUCGAAUCAGAUAAGCUCAAAGUAGGACUGAAAACAGUGCGUUUUUUUCCACUGAAGAGCAGAAAUAGAGUCAUUUUUCAGAGGCUACGUCAGUUACCUUGGCCGACAAAACUUUCCGGUGACGAAUUUGAAUUAAAUAUUAAUGCCACACGUACAAACAGACAUCUUCUACAACAACGCAAGUGUAAAGCAGAGGAAUAAAAGCGAAAAGAAAAAUGUUGCCGUUUAGUUUUAUUUUGCCCUCACUCACAGUUUCUUCGGCUUUGACCUUCAAAAUCGUUCCGCUAGAACGCGAAAACUGACUUUUUUUCAAAAAUAAAAACCAAAAGAAGAGAGGUGAAGAGGAAUCGGCGGGAGAGCUUUGUUGGGUUUCAGUUCGUUUAUUACGCUCGGCCAAUCCUAUUCAACUUCCCUUGUAUUCAUCAGCGCUGAACUUCCGUUGAGGCUAACAUCUGAAACCCGUCGAGCACACAAGCGAAUUACUGCUGUUUUCACCGGUGAAAAUUUACCUGGCAUCAUGGUUUUUUAGUGCACCGGAUGUCGCUCUGCUUUCGAAUUUCACAAGCUGUAUGUUUUCCUUGGAUAGAUUUUCAGAAACUUCUUCUUGAUUCUUACGGGCUAAUAAAUAUUCAAGGUGAUUUACACAGCGCAAAGUGUGCCACAAAUGAUUUUCCGAGCUAUCUAUGUUGCUUCACAUUUUCCGUUGUUAAACUACUCUGCGGUCCGACACGGAUAUGAAAACAACGAGUAGCAAUUUACUUCCGGUGUAUGACGAACUUGGGUCAAGAUGAUCUCGUUUAAGCCAAUCGAUGACAGCGCUUCUGAAACUACACUUAAAACGCUUGAUUAUAUGAACUAUAACCGUAAUUUACAUGAUUUAUGCUAUGACUUAACUACAGGAAGUUGAACUGAAACGAAUAAUGACAUACCGUAUAUUUAUACCAACGCCGGCAACGCUUGAAUGCUUAAGAAAACCGACCCGAGCAGUAAACAGUGAUAGCAAACGAGGGGAAUAUUUUUCCUUGAAAAAGGAACGAAAACAAUUUCACCGAAAAGAAAACUGAUAGCCGCAUUUUCACUUUCGGCGGUCGUGCUAGACAGUGCCUCGACCUCAAGGAGAAAAUUUUAUGUUUAGUCUGGGAAAAAAAAUGAUUAUAGAACUUUAGCAGUUCCCAGUUCCUGUGUGACUUCAUCGUCUUCCGUACAAGUAAAUGACUAUGGCGAACGGUUGGAGGUCCAAAGAGUGAACUACAUAUAACGGACUACAACAACUCGGCGGGCCAUGCUUGUUGGAACUUAUAAUGUCUACAUCGAUAGUCUGCGGCGUGGUAAUAUCUCUUACAAUCAAUUUGUCAACUGGAGUGUUCUUUUUCUUCGCUCCAGUGGUUACAUUCCCUUUCUCCAAGUCAGAGAAGCAAACCGCUAAACGGCUGGUCAAGUUUUACAAAGAGAAACCAAGUCUCAUCCGAAAACUGUUUAGAGACCACGUUUUCUCCAUCCUUCUCUUUUCCUGUGGAUUGUACUUAACUUCUUUAAAAGACACCUUUGCCAAGCCACUUCGAAACACACCCACAACUUUCCUGGUCAUCUUCUCUGUCUAUCUCGGCAACUACGUGUACAAAUUUUUCCAGGACUUCUUGCUAAGAAAGGAGCAUCCACUGUACAAGAUCAACCUUCUACAUCAUUUUGUAACGGCGACAGCUUACGGGGUGUUAAUAGUGUACAGACAAAACUCCAUCUCUGGAGUCAUCGGGCUGCUCUUCGAAGGAAGUGUUCUUGUUUUCGACUUAAACUCUUUGCUUCGCUUGCUUGGCGUGAACAAAAACAGCUGGUUCUUCCUCUGUGUAUCUACGCUGCGACUGCUAGUGACCAUCCUUCUGAGAGCGAUCUGUCCGACGGUGUUGCUGGUGAUAACUCUUUCGAGUCACAGUCCGUUGUCAUUAGAGUACGUUCCUCUCGGAUUCUUCUUCAUGAACAUCGUGUUCUUCUCCAUGAUCAAUGGAUGGCACGUGAAGACCUCUUUCGAGAGCUUGAAAAAGCGAUUGUUAGCGAGGCGCCUUUCUUAUUACUACAGUAGGCCCAGGGCGAACAGCGACAGUAAUUUAAACAGUAUGGAACUGAACAAUAUCAGCUCUGUCGCUCAAACGCUGACUCGUACAACCCUGCCUGUUAUUAUCCCGACCGACGCGAAUUUCCGACUAUCUUCGCCCGUGUCGAACGUCAAUAUGAACAGUGACGAAGUGUCCAAUAUCGCGGUCUCGCGACACGAACGAACUUUGCCUCAGAUAAGUGUUAUUAUCAACGAUACGCCAGGAUCAGACGAACCGAUAAAUCAAGUUUGAACUGUCGUCAAGGAUUCUGAAAAAAGGAACGAUCUUGUAGACGAAAAAAAGCGAAAAAACUGAAUGAAAAAUCUCAAAGAUUUGUCUGUACAUGGAUAGCCAUGGAGAAGUAGACAAAGUUUGAUUUUAAACUCGCGAAGAAAUAUGCGCCAUCUGUUUUAAGAUAAAAUAUUUAUUUUAGUUCAAGCUUGCAUUCCUGCUGAUGUUGGCUAUAAUAAUUAUGAAAUUAUAAUAAAAAAAUUGCUUUCUCGUAGAGAAUUAUUGUAAAUAAAGAACGACAAAAAACAGUGGCUGAUUCUUUAAUUCUACUUCAUUUUCAGAAGCGACAGUCUGACAUGAUCAAAAUUAACCAUGGCUAUUUAAAAAAUUAUUCAAAUAAUUGAUUGAAAUUGCAAAUGCGAGAAAAAGAGCGUUUUGUUUCUAACAGUCUAAGUAAACGUUAGAGCCGGUGGCCAUCUUCGCACGAGGGAUCUAGGAACAAGCGUUGGUUGCGGGCGAGACACCCACCCAGUUGACACCCACUUUCACUUUCACUUUGAAUGCUGACACAUGCUAUGCCGUCACAGUUCUAACGAAGCUGACGUACGUGUUCAGAGAAACAGGGGGAAAUAAUACUUAUUUUGUACUGGGAAGAAUCUAUCAGCUUUUUUCUGUGUCUGGAUCAUUGAGCAUUGGAAGCGAUCAAGGCGUUAAAACCAACUGCGAGAUAUAAAGUACAGUUUUCGCGAUAUUUUUCCUCGUAUUCUCGUUGCUCGAUAAAAAAAAAGCUCAAAUAGAAUUCCUUUUCAGCUGACAUCCAGUUUCCUGUUGACAGUACUCGCUUUGCUCUUCCCUUUUGGUUUUUGCGUGGUCGAAAGCGAAAUAUGACCGUUUUCGUUGCAUUGUUCCUUGAACAUAAAUAGUGAGUAUUGCCAAGCAACGCUUG